AUGUACUUCCCCCUCAAUUCUUGUUUGAUCUUCCUCUUUCUUUUCACCUUAAUCUACCAUCUUCACUAUGCUUCAAGUAAACAAGAAAUUGGAUGGUGUGAGACUAUUCAGUUUCAGUGUGGGAGCAUUACCGCCGGUUUCCCAUUUUGGGGUGGGAAUCGUCCUGAACCUUGUGGUCGUGCGUUGCUGAAGCUUCACUGCAACACCAAAAACAUCACCUCUUUAAGCAUCUCAAACCAUGAGUACAUUAUUUUCCAUAUAAAUCACACAUCUAGCACUACUCUUCUUAGACUUGUAAGAGCUGACCAUAAAGGUCCUUUUUGCUCCUCUACAUUCAAUUCCACAACCUUGCCUCCCGAAAUCUCUGAGCUUUCACCAAUCUACAAGAGCCUCACCAUUUUCUAUCACUGCAACCCACGUUUUCAUUAUGCUUCUAGUUACACAUGUCCUCGGAGAGGUGUUAUCUCAGGGUAUCAAAGCCCUAAUUAUCAUCAAUCCUGCCAAGAAAGCUUUACCGUGAACGUGCCCACCACGUUUGUUCCAGAAAAGAAAGAGUUGAAUAUGACUCAUUUGGAAAGUGUUCUAAGAGAAGGAUUUGAGGUUAUGGUCAAUACUGAUGAGAUAACGUGUGAAGGAUGUUCUUCCUCACGUAAGUUUCACUUUGCUUCUUUUUUACUUGUCUUUCUCCACUUAGUGAAUGAUAUUAAUUUGCCUUCACAUUUUUCCCCAUUUUUUGUAGUUGCGGGUACAGUAGCAGGAGUUGUUUUGUUCCUUGUACUGUUAACAUUGUUUCUCCGUUUUCUCCGGAAGAGAGAAAAAAGGCUGAGACAUCAGAAGCUGAAGGCUCUUAUUCCACUUGAACACUAUACUUACACACAAGUGAAGAGAAUUACAAAGUCAUUUGCGGAAGUGGUUGGGACAGGCGGAUUUGGGAUUGUUUAUCGAGGAACACUUCGUGAUGGCCGUAUGGUUGCGGUGAAGGUCUUGAAAGACUCAAAGGGAAAUGGUGAAGACUUCAUCAAUGAAGUUGCUAGCAUGAGCAGAACUUCUCAUCACAACAUUGUUUCUUUGCUUGGUUUCUGCUCGGAGGGUUCUAAAAGGGCAAUUAUAUACGAGUUUUUGGGAAACGGGUCACUUGAUAAGUUCAUUUCAGGAAAGAGCACGGUGGAAAUGGAUUGGGGGUCUCUAUAUAGAAUUGCGUUAGGAGUUGCUCGUGGUCUAGAGUACUUGCACCAUGGAUGCAAGACAAGGAUUGUACAUUUUGACAUCAAACCACAAAAUGUACUCUUAGAUGACAAUUUUUGCCCCAAAGUUUCGGACUUUGGCCUCGCUAAGCUAUGCGAGAAACAAGAGAGCAUCUUGUCAAUGCUGGACACAAGAGGUACCGUAGGGUACAUUGCACCAGAGAUGAUCUCAAGAGUUUAUGGGAAUGUAUCGCACAAAUCAGAUGUCUAUAGCUACGGAAUGUUGGUUCUCGAUAUGAUUGGUGCAAGGAACAAAGAAAAUUUUAAUCAAGCCGCUGCUUCUAACACAAGUUCAAUGUACUUUCCUGAAUGGGUAUAUAAGGAUCUUGAGUUAGGCAAGUCCAAAACCAAUAUUGAGAUUGAGUUCAACAGCGAAGAAGACGAGCUAGCAAAGAAGAUGACAUUGGUGGGGUUGUGGUGUAUUCAGCCUUCCCCAACAGAUCGCCCACCGAUGAAUAGAGUUGUAGAGAUGAUGGAAGGAAGUUUGGAUGCUCUUGAAGUCCCUCCUAGGCCAGUUUUUCAAAUUCCCACAGUGUCUCUACAAGAAUCUUCAACAUUUUCAGAAGAUACCUCUACUUACACAGAAGGAUGAUCCAUGGAACCUAUCAAAGCACGCAAAUCGCAAAUGUUGUAUAUUAUUUACAUUCUAGA